AUGGCCCCUCUCAUCAGCAUCCUCAUCUUGUGGACGGUCAGUGUUGAGGCGAGAAAAAUGAAUCAAAACAUUCCAAUGAGGGAACCUCCUUCCAUGAAGCCACACUACCAACAACUGCACUUUACUGAAACUGGAAAACAGAUCAAACUCGAAUGUCCCAUCUCUGCAACUCAGCACAACAUUUUCAUCAUUUGGGAGAAACAAAUAACAUCAGAUCAUAAUAAAACACCGACUGACUACAACAACUUAUCACAUUUGGACAUAAGUUAUCAAAAAGUUGUACCAUCUCUUGUUAGAAAUGGAAGGUUGCGUAUUAAGAAAGCAAAGGUUGAAGACGCUGGUACAUACCGAUGUACGGCUAUUAACGGUUUCGGAUCGUCAGUGGCCCAUUUUAGAGUGGUGGUUCUACGUGAAAACAAAGAAGAAGAAAUAAAAGCAACAAAUGUUUUCAGUAGCACAACUAACGAAUCGCCGAUAACAUCAACAAUGAGUACAACAUCAAAAACGCCAACAUCAUCGUCAUCAUCUUUAAUCAAUUUUUCAUCAUCAACAUCAUCAUCAACAUCUUCAUCAACACACUCCCUCUUCAGCAACAUAGACUCCCAAUGGAGACUGAACAAAGUGGGACUGAUCCUUGCUUCCGGAAUUGUUUCAUUGGCCGGCCUGGUUGUCUUGGCAACGUACAUCAUCAACAAAUGUAAGAUGGAUGGAGGUCCGGUGUUUCAUAGAAGCGGUGGUAGUGAUUAUAUAUUACGCAGGUUUCUAUCAACGCCAGAUGAACAUGUGUUCAACCACAACAACAACAACCACAACUGCAACAAAACGACAACUCUGCACAGACCAACUAACGGUAGAAAUGUUUUCCCACUGCCAGCAAUCGACACCGUCGCCAGCCUGGAGCCGAGGAUACAUAACAUAUUCAAAAAGUAUAACAAUAACGAAUAUCGAGUAGUUACGGUUCAGCAAGCUUCAGCAGUUCCAAUCCAUCAUCACAUUCCUGCAAAACAUCCCAUCCCUAGAAAUCAUGGAUACUUCACAAAUUCUCCAGAGCAGUACAUUCCUGCUUACUACGACAUUUCACAGAACCACAUCAUCCCCAACAACCUGGCCAGCAACCUCACAAACACAACAACAUCCCCUUCAAACUUCAACAACAGAACAAUGAUGGUCAACGUAUUGAGCAGAUUCGUGUCCAGUUUAAACAGCAAUGUAGUUAAUAUCGGCAGUAGAAGAAGCAGCGUUCAUAACGAUCGUGACGUUGAGUGUGGUCAGUCAGUGAUCAACAGAAUUUACAACAUUAAUUGCAUUCCUCGAAACAUCAACAACAACAAUUGCAUCAAUAACAAUCACGUCAAUAACAACAAUUACAUUAACGUUAAAAACUACAUCACCAACAAAGACAUCAUUAAUGGAGGGAAUAACCCCAUUGGAGUUCAUCGACCUAGUUUCACAAAAUAUUAUUGGAUGGCCAACAAUCAACCUGACCUCAUUUCAACAACAAUUCCAUUGGACUCAGCAAGGGCCACCAUCAAUAUCUCACCAUAG